CAAAUUUAGUUUUUAUUAUUUUUUAAUAUAUUUUUUUUAAAUUGCAGAAUAUUGCAAAUUUUAAAUUCACAUAGUAAUUUGGAAAAAAUACAAAAAAAAGACUAACAAGAUAUUAUGAGUGCUAACCAAAAUCAAAUUGGAGAUGGGGCUAUGGAUGAUUCUUCACAUGACAACAUUGAUAAGGAUGCCGUAUUACCAAUUAAAAGUACAAUUUCAUCAUUUAUAGGAGAGAAUUGCAUAACAGAAGAAACUACUUUAGAAGGAAGGGAAAUUGAACCUGAACUCAUUGCCAGUAAUAGUAAUGAAACCUUGGAAACAACAAUCAAAAAGAGGAGAAAACGCAAUCGCAAAAAGAAAAACAAAAUGUUACCUAGUACAAACGUGAUUAAUGCUAGCCAACUUGGCACUAUUAGUGAUUUGAGUAGCCCCACUAUGAUGGUUGGUAAUACUAAACACUCGUUUUUCAAUAAAUCUCAUCAUAAACUUAGAAAUUAUAGCAAUCAUCAGUACUACAAUCAACAGCAGCCACACUCUAAUUGUGAGUGUUGUUUCUAUACCUAUUGCAAUUGUUACACAUGUUUGAAAAAUGGGCCUUACCAAAACCGUUUUUUCGUGAACAAACGAUUUUACAAUUAUAAAGUACCCCCCUACUUAAACAAUUUUAAUGAUCGACCUCCCUUCGAUCCUCACAACUCAAGCAAUUCCAUCUUAAAUAAAGAAAUUAAAAGUAAAAUUGAGGAUUCAGCGACUUGCAGUAAUUCGAAUGAUCGAAUUAAUACCAAUUCUCUUCCAAUGGAAGGACCUGAAAACAUCACUUCACAAAUUAAAGAUGUAGAUUCGGAAAGUUGUAAUAAUUCCACUUUAGCAAUGGAUCUAAAAAUAUAUUACACUGAAGAAGAGCUAAACAGAAUCAAAAAUGUAGAUCAUGGCUCUGCCAACAAUACAGCAGUUAAAUUGAAUGCAGAAAUGAAAAAAGAUAUUCAUAAAAAUUCUGACAAAUCUGAAAAUGACGCCAUAAUAAAGACUAGAAUUGACUCUCAUGCAGAAGUUACCAAUAACGAUUUUAAUUUGAGCCACCAUGGCAAUAAUGAAAAUAAUUAUAGAAAUCGUAAACGAUUCUUAUCCGGGAGUUCCAAUUUUAGACCCAGCCGAUAUUGUUUAUCAGAUCAAGGCCGCAUUCACCAAAAUCGUUUACCACGUUCAUCCGAAAACGAUCCAAUUAGUGGCAACAGACACCCUUUUAAACCUAUUGAUUCCAAUAAUCGUUUUCCCACUGGAAAUAUUUAUCCUAUCCUUCCACAUACCGUCCCCCCACCUUUUUUUCACAAGAACGCACCUCCCUUCCUUAACAAAGCCCUUAAUUAUUUCCCAUAUCAUCCUUAUCACCCCUUUAAUCCUCCCCAUUUUCAUAAUUUCAAUCCUCACCGUCAACAAGCAAUCCAUCAAAAUCCUCGUAAACAACAUUUUCCGCCACGUCCACACAACCCUCAUGUCCCAUUUUAUCAUCAGCCGCCUCAUUAUGACCGAUUUCACUGGCAACCUUGGUACAGCAAUAUCGGUAAAAAUUUUGUCUCUAAGAGGGGUUCUUCAAUUAAGUCCUCACGUCACUACCUCUCAGAGGGAAAAAAUGAUUCUUUGAUUUUGCCCCAUAUGCCUCCUAAUCAAGGGGAUGGAUUAAAUGAUAUCCAAGGGCCUUCUGAUAAAAGACGGUAUCAAUUACGCGGUAGAUCUUAUCCCAUAAAAAAUAACUUAAAAACUGGUCGACGUUAUGAUUCCGGUGGUGAUAAACGCCGCAAAAACAUUGCUAAUUCAAACAGUAGAUAUUCCUUGAGAAAUCGUCUGACCAUUAGGCGUGGAACUAAACGGACAGACACUUCGAGAAAUAUCCACCAACCUCGCGGCAGACAUAGCGCCAAACGUUCUCGCACUCAAAUUAUGGAUAAAAAAACAAUUAGUGAAAGUGUUAAAAAUACCCAAAGAGUCGGAGGUAAAUCCACUCCAAUUCACCAUCUUGAUCCUUUGAUCGAAAAUGAGACUAUCCUGCUGAGGAAGGAGAUAGCCCAUGCCCCAAAAAAUGACAACGAGUUUCUCAUGCAAGAUCACUACACAGAUGAGCAUGGAGUUAUAUUCACUCCUUCUUUUGACACCACUACCCAUAACGGUGGCUACGGGCUCCAUAAUUACCCUUCCCAUUUAGAUGACAGCGCCGCUAGUAUGGGCGGUCUGUCAGCCGAGGAAUACGAAGAGGAACUUUUCCUGGAAAAAGAAUUUGCUGAAGAAUAUGAGACCGCUCGAAAUCAGCGACUUAAUUCCAUGACCAAAGCCCAGUUAAUACAAGAAGUUUUGUACCUGGAGGCUCAAUUAGAGGAACGGGAAAAAACGCUGAUCAUCAUGAAAAUUGAAAACGAUAAGAAAGUCAGCAGUAACGACGGCAUCGACUUUGACUGUUUAUAGACAAAAAUUUAAUUAAAAAAAAAUCAUCAUACCUAAUUUAUCUAUUAUAAUAUUCGUACAAAUCAACAUCUUAUAAUAAUAAUAUGUAUUAUAUACUAUAUAUAUAUGU